UGGCCCCUGGUUUUGCUUCUUUAAUUUUCGACUUCUCCCCCACCAAUACCAUUCUCUCUCUCUCUCACUCACCACAAUUCCUACAUGCCUUCGCUAUUAAUUAAUAUAUAACCUAUAUUAUAUAUACAGAUUCAUUUAUAUAAUAAAUACUCACUCAUAUAUAUAUAUAUAUAUAUAUAUAUAUAUCCCAUCCGGCCAUCAAUCUCUGAGGCUAAUGUCCUUUCCACAGUAAACCAAAUCUCAACAUUUUCCUUCCUCUUUAUAAAAAAACGACCCAGAAAUCAUUUCUAAUUCCGGCCAAUCCCAGUGAGGCUGAACUAUAUAUAUAUACAUACUUGACUGUAUCUGUAUGAGGGUGGAGGCGAGGGAGGGCGAUGAAGAAGUGCAGAAUGGGAGCGAGUUGACGUCGGAGAAGAAGCAGAAUAAGAAGAGUAAGAAGAAGAAGAAGAAUAACGGCGGCAGCGACGAGAGGGAGAAGAAGAAGAGUAAGAACAGGAAAUCGAUGCCCAACGUUGUUCAGGAGCUCUUCGAGACGUGCAGGCAGGUCUUUAGAACUGGCCGCGCUGACUACAUCCCUCCUCCUGAAGACAUUCAACGGAUACGCCAUGUCUUAGACUGCAUGAGCCCACAAGAUGUGGGGCUGCGUCCAGACAUGCCAUAUUUCACCGAAAAUGAUCCGACUGAAGGAGCUCCUCCAGUAACAUACAUACAUGUCUACGAAUGUGAAAAAUUCUCGAUGGGGAUCUUCUGCUUGCCCCCGUCUGGUGUUAUCCCCCUUCACAAUCACCCCGGCAUGACUGUUUUCGGCAAGCUGCUUUUUGGGUCUAUGCACGUCAAAUCUUAUGACUGGGUGCAUGCGAAUAUCAGCUCCUCGACUUAUUCCCGACAGCCUGGGUUGCGGCUGGCAAAGGUGCAAGUGGAUUCACAGUUCACAGCCCCCUGCAGCCCCUCCAUACUGUAUCCAGCUGAGGGGGGCAACAUGCACUGCUUCACUGCCUUGACUUCAUGUGCAAUAUUGGAUGUUUUGGGUCCUCCCUACUCGGAUUCCCAAGGCCGCCCGUGUACUUACUACCAGGAGUGUCCCUUAGCGAGUUUUCCUGCAGGUGAAACAGGGCUGUUGCCAGACGAAGAGGAAGGACAUGCAUGGCUCGAGGAGUGGGAGAAACCUGAAAGCUUUGUUGUUGUUGGAGAUGACUAUAGAGGCCUGGAAAUUGUGGAGAAUUAAAUUUUCAUGCCUUAUUACUUUUUAUUUUUAUUUUUUAUUUUUGGUCCAGAUAGGGGAUGGAAUUGAAAUGAAAUUUCACAAAAGGGUACAGAGAGCUCUAUGCUAUGUAUAAAAUAUUAUUUUCUUAUUAAACACUACCAAUCAGUCAUUGUCCCCAAAAUAGACAUGUCAAUAAAGAUCGUCUCUCAGCCCAA